GGGCUUCUUCCGUAGAAUCCGUACCAGGAGGAGUCAUGCAUCAUGGAUGACACUGGCUUCAUUACACUCUCUGCUAGUCUGCGUUGGCGCAUAGAUAAUGCGUUCGAUAAUGUUGCUGGAAGCAGCUCAACAUCAUCAAAUCUGCCUCGAAAGAAGCGCAAGCUUCAUUCAGCUCAGUCCGGUGGAUUCGCUGUGGAAGACGAAUCACCAGGAGGAUUCUUGAUAGAGGACGCAGGAGGUUUCCUGCUCGCCGAACACAAAAGCCGCACUUCGUCUCCGGACCCUAUCUCCAUAUCACUUUCAUCUGUCCCAGCUGCACUUCAACUUCUUGGACUCCCUCCAGAUGACGAAGAGGUUCUUUCUGUGUUUCGAAAUGCUGCAUCAGGCUGGGGAGCAGGUUUGAAGGGAUCGGGUGAAGUCAGCCGAAAGGACUGGCGAUCUGUGUGUGCCGCCCUUUUAGAGGGAGAAGACGGGGGAGGGAGUGAUGAUUUCGGGCUUUCUGCUGCUCAAUCCGAUAUGGUAGCACUCAGUGACCAGGAGGAAGAUAGUGGCCCGGGCAGUGACGACUAUCGCAUAUCCGUCGAUGGGGACAUCAGUGAGCUAGAAGCAUCUGACGAGGAAUAUCAAGAUGAUAGGCACCCCACUGUUCCCAGUUCGCGGAAACCCCGAAAGUCGUAUAAGUCGUCGCCCACCGACAUUAGGCUUGAUGCUGGUCAAUUGAGCGCAAAACAAAAGGCUGAAUGUCGGGAAGACUUCGCGAGGUUCUUCCCUGAUGUGCCUGACGCUGAGCUGGACCAUCACAAAAUCAUGAUCAAGGACGUCACGCGCGUUGCUAAUCUACUUAAAGAGAAGUUAAAGGCUGAGGAAAUUAUUGCAAUGCUGGAGGCGUUCUCUACUUCACCAGAUAAAUCCAUGAAUCUUCAAGACUUUGAAAGCAUGAUGAUAGUGACAAAGCUUAUAAGGUAUGGGCAAUAA